GGAGUCUCCAACUCUGAGCUUUUCAGGGCAACGGCUGCAGCCCUCAGACGUCGGGGCGGCAAAACCACCUUCCAAUGGGUGAAAGGGCAUAGCGGGAUUGCUGGCAAUGAAGGCGCUGACCGCCUCGCCAGGGCGGGCGCCGAGUCUGAAGUAGACCCGAAUCUAAAAAUCCGCAUCCCGCCACGCUUCAACCUGACGGGAGCAAAGCUGACCACCGCGACCCAAGCAAUCUUGACCGAGGAAGUUAAACGUCGAUACAAGAAACCCCAGAGGACGGCCACGACCGUAAACCUCGAUAUCGGGAGGUGGGCUGCACACGACCACCUACAUGCUGGCCUCCCAACAGAUGCCAGAAUAUUCAAAUCCAUUAGAAGCAAGAACCUGACAAAGAAGGAAAGGAUAUUUUUGUACCGUACCUUGCACAACGGUUAUAAAAUCGGGAAAUACUGGGACAACAUCCCCGAAUAUGAACAGCGUGGGCGCUGCUCCAUAUGCGACGGCGAAGAGGAGUCCAUGCGCCAUAUCCUGGAGGAAUGCCAAGCCCCAGAACGAGAAAGAAUAUGGAGCCUAGCGAGGGAGCUCUGCGAGCAGAAAGGGAUAGCUUGGCCCCAGAUGACGAUCGGCACAAUCCUGACUAGCGGCCUAGCAAACUUCAAGACUGAACGAGGUAAACGCCGUCCCGGGGCAAACCGUUUCUUCCAGAUCCUAGUAACGAGCUCGGCGCACCUGAUAUGGGUGCUGCGAUGCGAACGGAGGAUCACCAGAGAGGACGGCGACAACUUCUCCGAGCAAGAAGUCCACGACAGAUGGGUAGCACGUAUAAACGCUCGUCUGGACUUAGAUAGAGUAGCUACGAACAAGACACGCUUCGGGAAGAAAGCGCUACGACCAAGUGUCGUCCUCCAGACAUGGGGCGGC